GGAAGAUGGGACACCGCCCCCCAACAGGCCUCUUCCCAUCUUCUUCUCCAAGAGGCCAUGUUUCUAAAUGCCUUCACAGAUUCAAGCCGACCCGGCCGCCAGAAAGGUGGUCGGAAACAACGCUUCACCUUCGACUUCGUCGUGGCAGAACGACCUAUCUACGUUCCAGGCUCCGGCCCACCGCUGGCUCCUGUUACAGUCAUGCCUGUCCAUGAUAAGGAUGGGAUUAUUGAAGGGGAGGUUAAAUUGAAUGGACGGCCGAUGUUGAUUGUCAGUUAUGAGGCACAUCCCUAUUUGAGGGUUAGUGUGCGGCCGCAGAACAUCUUGGACUGGGUUUCCCAGAGGACUUAUGAGGAAUGGGAGUCCGCAAAAACUGAAGCCAAAGACCAAGCGGAGAGGGAUGAGCUGUUGCCAAAGAUUGCGGCGAGAGAGCAGAGGAAGCUCUUGAAGGAGAAAGGGGGCAGCGCGUCACGUGCUUCUGAGGGACCAAAGAAGACUUGGAGCAGGAAGAGAAAGAGGCCUCCGACACCUGAGCCACCCUCUCGUGCAGGUCGAAAGCGGAGAGGAGUCGACACUGAGGAGGAAGAUGCUAUCACUACGAAUCCCAGACGGCCUUCACUGUCAACUCCAGUCAAGCAACGAGGACUUGCCGAUUUGUUGGACGUUGACAGCGAAGACGAAGAUUCCUUCGCGGAAGAUACAGCUGAGCUUCUCGAUCGACAACUAAACGGAACUCCCGGCCGAUCCAAACUCGCCAUGGAACUCACUCGCUCCGCAACCACUUCCCCGGAACCUGAACCUAAGUCGAUCCAAAAAUCUAAGAACCCACCAGUUCCACCAUUUGAUCGAAGAGAGACUCGAAGCGGUUCAGUCUCUUCAACGGCCGGCGUUAAGGGCCACGAGACUCUCAAUACCUCUGCUUCUGGGCCUUCACGUCGAGAUUCAGUUGCCACAACAUCAAGCCGUCAAGCCCGCCAAAUCUACGAAAAGCUUGAACGCAAAAGCCAAGCGAAGGCCGGUUCACUGACUGAAAAGUACUCCUAUUCUGGUAAACCACCAUCCUCAUCACAACGCCUAGCCGCCGCCAAUCCCACCCGUCACAAAAGUGAGACUCCCAAAUCCAAGAAAAGCGCAACUCCGAAACCAGUUGAAGAGGAGAGCGAGGAGAGCGAGGAGGACGAGGAGGAAGAUGAAGAAGAUGAAGAAGGCGAGGAUGAUGAACCGGAGUAUGAAGUGGACGCUAUCCUCGCUGACCAGUAUCGAAUGGAUAAGAAACAAAAGUCCGUUCUAUGGUACCUAAUCAAGUGGGUCGGUGAGUGGGAAAACACCUGGGAGCCAGCGGAGAAUGUCGGCAAGGAAGCUAUUGCGGAGUAUCAAGGAAAUAAGGCUGAACAGAGGAAAAGGGAGAAGCCGGCAAAGAAGAAGACGAGUUAUGACGAGGGUAUGGAGGAGACAAGCGAUGAUGUGUUGGGCAUUGAUGUCAGGGGCAAGGGCAAGCAGAAGAUUCUGUUUGGAUCUGGAGGACGAGAGGAUCUUACUGUUAGGGACAAAGGAAAGAGCAAGGUCCCGUUUGGAAGUGGUGGUAUUGAUCUCACGGGAGAUGACAGUGAUCCAGAUUCUCUGUUCGUUAAGGACCGAUCACAACUGAAGGGUAUUUUGAAGAAGGCUCCAGUCCCGAAGCGUGGCGAGGUGAUUGAUGACGCCAGUGCCUCUGAUGAAUUUUAGAGGUUCCUAAAGUCAAAGUCGGCUCCUUUGACCAGGGGUGCGGGCAACGUGUGUACGAAGGAGCAAAAUAGAAAUCGGGAGCUUUGGCGGAAGUGUAACACAUGAAUGGAAUGGAUUGCUGGCGGUAGAUACCCAGGAGCAAUUCGUCACCCCAAAGGAGUACCAGCACAGACUCAAUGAAUAAUAGCAAGAUUUUCUGGCCCCUUAGGCUGCAC